UCCGCCCCGUCCCCGCCGCUUUUCCGUGUCCCCGUGUCCGCUGCCUGUCUCCGUGCCCCAGCCGGCGCCCCGGUGCCCGUGCCCGUUCGCUGCCCGGUGUCCCGGCAGUGCCGCUGUCCCGGGAUGUCCGUGCGGGCGGUGCGGGUGCUGCGGCUGGGCGCGGUGCCGUACGCGGAGGCGCUGCGGGUGCAGGAGCGCUGCGUGGCGGCGGCGCGGGCGGCGCGGGGCGCGGCGGGGCCGGGCGCGGCGCUGGUGGCGGCGCGGCGCGGCGGGCACAUCACCUUCCACGGCCCCGGGCAGCUGCUCGCCUUCCCGGUGCUCGACCUGCGCCAGCGCCGCCUCCCGCUCCGCGCCUACGUGGCCGGGCUGGAGGCGCUGGUGCUGCGGCUGUGCCGCCGCCUCGGGCUGCGCUCGGCCCGGGCGCUGCCGCCGCCCUUCACCGGGGUCUGGAUGGGCGACAGCAAGCUCUGUGCCAUCGGUGUGCACUGCGGGAACCACAUCACCUCGCACGGGCUGGCGCUGAACUGCUGCACCGACCUCUCGUGGUUCGAGCACAUCGUCCCCUGCGGGCUGGAGGGCAAGGGCGUCACCUCGCUCAGCCACGAGCUGGGCCAGCACGUCGCCGUCAGCCACGUCCUCGAGCCCUUCCUCGACUCCUUCCAGGAGGUGUUUGAGUGCACUUUGGUCUCCUCAGAAGAGCCCGGGGAUUAGGAUUGCCGUGCUGCCUUGGCCGGGUGUUUUGGUGCCAGGGCAGCCCCGGGGUCUCUCUUGUGAGACGAGUUCUCGUGCCUUUGCCUGUGGACUGUGAGUGGACCAUGGCACAGGGUUUCAGGCUGCUGCUUGACUGUCCAAACCUGCCCUGGGGCUGUUCUCUCCAGCCCUGUGAGUCUCCAUCCCUCAUCUGAGACCUCCGUGGGUGCCACUGACCAUCCAAACCUGCACUGGGGCUGUUCUCUCCAGCCCUGUGAGUCUCCAUCCCUCUGUGGGUACCAUGUCCCCACAUCACUUGCUGGGGAAGUACCCAAACAGGUGCUUUUGUGGGUUUUUUUCUGCUUUUUGCCCCACAAAAAUUAAAGAUUUGUGUGAAUGCUCAUGAA